AUGGUGUUUUAUUUUGGUCGACUAGCAGUGUUCCCACUAUUGUGGUCUAUCAUCUUCAGUGUGGACCGCCUGUGGAGGUAUCAUGACGAGUUGAUGCCCGGUCAUGGAUGGCUGUCGAUUACUUGUUAUGCCGUCUUGGGUGGCGGGAUCUUAGUCUCGUUAUUGGGCGUUGCUGCGUCCUGUGCUUAUUCGAGGAAGUUUGUCAAGGCCGCAGCUAUCUUGAAUGUAAUAGGCUUUCUGGCGUACUUGUCAUACGUGGGGCCCUUUAUUCGUCGAGGCAUUCACAACUUUACAUUAGCUGUAAGGACCGUCAACCCGGCCUUCGACUACUGGGGUAGUUGGGCCGAUUGCCACGAACUGGUCUUCCAGUUGAGACCCGGUGUGGACUUUAUGGUCGGCCAGGGCCCUUUGGCCGACUUCGACUGGCACUACCGCCACUACAUCCGCGGCUGGAUGAAACACAUGUCUGGCGACUUCAUCUUCACAGCCACCGUCGGAUUCGGCCUGGCCUUUGUCUUCCUGUUCUUGCUCGGCAAAGAACUUCGAAAGGCAGAGCAACAAGAAACCGAGCCGGCUGUUGAGGUUGCAGUAUAA